AUAACAUUUCCACUGCUGUGUCCCCCAUGACUCCACUUUGCUAAUAGUUCACUUCAUGUCUGAAAUAAAGCUGGCUCUACACAAAGACAGUCAUUGAUGACACAGAGUCGCACUGCUGCAAAGUCUCGCAGAGAGCAACAUCUCCAAUUCAAAUCCUGGGAUUUGUCCGAGGGAGAGAACAUAUAUCUGAACCACCAGGCCACAGAGGUAACAAAGGCCUAUCUCGACCAUGAAGUUAUCUUUUGUUGUGGUUUUUGCCUUCAUCCUCCCGCUCAUCAGGGCUCAGGUGCCCCAUUGGGGACCUUGUCCAGAACCAGCUGUUCAACCGGCCUUCAACCUUAAGCAGUUCAUGGGGAGAUGGUUUGAAAUUGCCAAACUGCCGGCCCAGUUUGAGAAGGGCCGGUGCAUCGAAACCAAUUUCACUUUGACGACAGACAACUCUAUUCGAGUGGUCAGCUCUGAAAAACUAAAAGGAGAGCUGAGGAAAAUCGAAGGGACUGGAGUCAUAGAGGAUAUGAAGAACCCGGCAAAACUGGGAAUAAGUUAUUCCUAUGUCCUGCCCUACUCUCCUUACUGGAUCCUGUCCACUGACUACGUGAACUCUGCCCUGGUGUAUUCCUGCACGGACAUCCUGAGGCUCUUCCACGUCGACUUCGCCUGGAUCCUGGGCCGAACACGAACCCUGCCUGACGCCACCGUUGAGAAAGCCAUGAAUACCUUCGCCAAGAACAACAUUGAUGUGAGCAGGAUGAUUCCCAGCAAGCAGCAAGGCUGUGACAAAACUCUCUAAGCAGCAAUGGAAACGCAGAACAAGAUGGUGCUGUUGACAGGAGGGAAAAUGAUUUAUCAUCCAUUCAAGAAAAAUCUUUGACUAAUAUUUAGAUGAUUAUGACGAUGGAUGUAGUGGAGGGUAGACCCAACUUAGUGACAUAGUUUGUUUAUGAGUGAAAACACAGCAUACCUGCCUUUUUCUA